AUGGCAAAGGAUAAGAAGAAAGAUGUCAGGAAGACAGAAAAAACUUCACGCCCUCCUAUGCCUUCACAAGAAGUUACAGCUGAGAGUAGUGCUACAAAGCUGACAGAUGUGGCAACCACGGUGAAUGAAGAGGAAAAAACAGAGGCAAGUCCAGUGAUAUUGGAUAAAGAACCAGAGGAGGCAGAGGAACCUGUUGUCCAAGAUGUUCCUCAAUACCCUGAGGAGCCUGUUCUUCUUCAACUUAUUGUAAAAAGCUAUGAAGGUGAAAAAGUCCAUGGAUUGUUUGAGGGUAAAGGAUUUGCAUGUUUUGAGGGAGGAAAUACAUAUAAGGGCAUGUUUUCUGAAGGCCUUAUGCAUGGACAAGGGACUUACACGUGGGCUGAUGGAGUGAAGUAUGAGGGAACUUUUGUUAAGAAUGUACAGAUGUUUAGUGGCCGUUAUACAUGGAAUGAUGGCAGCGUUUAUGAAGGAUCAAUCAAGGACGGAGUUAGGCAUGGAUUUGGAUUUUUCAGGAGUGGUAUUCAUCCUGUUUCUUACAUUGGCUAUUGGUGUAAAGGCAAAAGACACGGAAAGGGUACCAUUUAUUAUGACCAGAAACAUACUUCUUGGUAUUCAGGCGACUGGGUAAAUGAUGUCAAAGAAGGAUGGGGAAUGAGACGCUAUAAGUCUGGAAAUAUCUAUGAAGGUCAGUGGGAGAAAAAUGUACGUCAUGGAAAAGGAAGAAUGAGAUGGUUGACAGUUAAUCAAGAGUAUAUGGGACAGUGGGUGCAUGGCAUACAGCACGGGUAUGGGAUCCACAUCUGGUUUUUGAAGAGAAUGCCUGCAUCUCAGUAUCCUUUAAGAAAUGAAUACAUAGGUGAUUUUGUAAAUGGGAAACGACAUGGACAUGGGAAGUUCAUAUAUGCCAGUGGAGCGGUGUAUGAUGGUGAAUGGGUUUGUAAUAAGAAGCAUGGCAAGGGCAAGUUUGUCUUCAAGAAUGGCCGUGUUUAUAAAGGAGAGUUCAUAGAUGAUAACAUGGUGGAAUAUCCUGCUUUUCUGGUGAAUGCAAUGAACAUGAAAGGGCUGAAUUCCAUUUGCACAGAAAAUCAUUUUGGCACUGAAAAUACCACAAUCAUCAGUGGCUCAGAAGAUACUUCUAUUCUGGAAUUCAGUACUGAGUUGGAUAUAUCUUUAUUGCUUGACUUGUUGCCAGAGGAGGAGAGAUGGGAAGAACUGAAACAAGUAGAAUUUGCUGUGUUGAGGCAUAUUACAGAACUGAGAAGAAUUUACACCUUCUACAGUAGCUUAGGCUGCGAUUAUUCUUUUGACAACACCUUCCUCAUGACUAAGCUCCAAUUUUGGAGAUUUCUGAAGGACUGCCAGUUUCAUCACUCCAACAUCAGUCUUGCUGAAAUGGAUCGGAUAUUGAGGGGAGAUAAAACACCAGUUGAGGAGAUACAUUGUCCACAUGAGACUUUACUGUUCAGAACAUUUUUAUCUUACCUUAUUCGCCUAGCAUUUCAUAUCUAUCAUGAAGAACACAAAGAGAACAGUCCUUAUCUGAGUAAGUGUUUCUUAGAAAUGAUGUCCAGGAACGUUAUUCCCACUGCCUGUUACGUCCAAGGUACCUUAUUUUCUGAACAAAGAUGUACAGUUCUGGUCAUGAACAGCUACAUUGACAAAUGCUGGGAAAUAUACAGAGCCUUUUGUAGACCAAGUACCAGACCUCCAUUUGAGCUCACGAUGAAAAUGAGGCACUUCCUUUGGAUGUUGAACGAUUUUAAACUUCUCAGCAAACAAUUAACUCCUUCAAAACUUGUGGAAAUACUUGUCAAAGAUGGUCCCACUCAACCUGAUAGCAGUAACACCAACCUGGAGCUGGAGUUAGUUUUUCUCGAAUUUGUCGAAGCUCUUCUUUCCUGUGCGUUGGUGUAUGUUACCAGUGAUAUGAUUAAGGAGCAAGAAGCUUGUGAGAAUGAGAACAGAACUAACUUUAGAAUGGAGGUUCUCCCCAAGAAAACCACAUCUGUCUCUCUGUUCCCAGACUAUUCUCUGUCCCAGUGCGUGUACAGUGGAACUGUACUUGAUACAGACAUGAAUGAUGACAUGUCCAAGGCACCUGAGCUUUAUUCAUUGUUGUCUUCAAACAAAAGUUUCAUAACACAGGAUGAAUUAAAGAAACAUGAGAGACAUUCUGAAGAUAGAGAGCAUCCUCUUCAGGAAUUUUUCCUGGAUACUACCCUCUCAUUUCACACAACUCAUGGAGAUACCGUUGUUCCAUCAUCACUGAGCUGGGAUGCAGAAAAAGAACAAGAUACCUGUCCAGGGAAGGAAUUGUCAGGUGAAUCGAAAGAAGACAGAACUAAACAAGAUGAGCUUAGUUUGUUGCUGUGCCAGGUGCAUAUCUUCUUUACAGAUAAGCUCUUUCCUGCUUACCAGCAUGAGAAAGUGCUGUGGGAAAAAAUAAGAGAAAACCGAAUACGAGAUGCUGAAUUAGCUGAGCUGAGAAAGAUCAAGGAUCAGGAGCUGGCAAAGAUUAUUGCUGGAAGAGAGGCAAAAAAGCAAGAAGCAGCUGCAGCAGCAAAAACAUCUGACCCCAAGAGUGCAGAUUUUAAGGAGUCAGAGGAACCUGGCACAACAUCAGCAUCUGCUUCAAAGGAAGAGGCACCCACAGCAGUACACCCAGUUACCAGGGCACCUGCUGGCAAGAAGAGACGGAAGAAACAAAUCAUCUGAUGAGAACUACUGAAGCUUGAAAGGUCAGUUUUACAUUGCACCGACUACCAUGCGAUGCACUGGAAUGAACUGUGUGGAAUAUGUACUCAUAACACAUGUGCUCAUCCUUGAAGGAAGCAGCAGUAGAUGGUGACAGUAAACAAGAGCUACCUUCCAUAGUGUUGUAGAUU